CCAAUAUGGCCGCGCCCACCCGGCUGUGCUGCUGCCUCUUCCCGCUGCUGCUGGGGAUGGGAAUGGUGGCGGCCACCGGGACCCCCGGCACCGGGGACUGCGGCUGCAGCGCCGGCCGGGCCCCCGGGGACGGGCGGGAGGCGGCGGCACGGCGCUACUCGGCGGCGGCGGCGAGCAGCGGGGGUAUCGCCGGGCUGGGGCCGAUGGUGCUGAUUCCGGGAGGGGUGUUCACCAUGGGCACCCACGAGCCUGAGAUCCAGCAGGAUGGAGAGGGGCCUGCCAGGAGAGUGCACAUUGACAGCUUCUACAUGGACCAGUACGAGGUCAGCAACCUGGACUUCGAGAGAUUUGUGAAUUCCACGGGCUACAUCACUGAGGCAGAGAAAUUUGGUGACUCCUUUGUGUUUGAGGGGAUGCUGAGUGAAGCAGUGAAGGCUGACAUCCACCAGGCAGUGGCAGCUGCUCCCUGGUGGCUGCCUGUGAAGGGAGCCAGCUGGAAGCACCCUGAGGGCCCUGACUCCAGCAUCUCCAGCAGAAUGGACCAUCCAGUCCUUCAUGUGUCCUGGAAUGAUGCCAUGGCCUUCUGCAGCUGGGCAGGGAAGCGUUUACCGACGGAGGCUGAGUGGGAAUACAGCUGUCGAGGGGGCCUUGAGAACAGGCUUUUCCCCUGGGGCAACAAAUUGCAGCCCAAAGGGCAACACUAUGCCAAUAUCUGGCAGGGAGAAUUCCCCACCAAUAACACAGCAGAGGAUGGCUACAAGGGGACUGCACCUGUCUCUGCCUUUCCCCCCAACGCUUACGGCCUCUACAACAUGGUGGGGAAUGCCUGGGAGUGGACAUCUGACUGGUGGGCUGUGCACCACUCCCCACAGGAGCUCCACAACCCUAAAGGGCCGUCCUCGGGCACGGACAGAGUGAAGAAGGGUGGAUCCUACAUGUGCCAUAAGGGUUUCAUGGAAUUUAUGAAGAGCAACACCUGAUGUUCCUAAGGAUCUCUUUUUGCUUAGCUUGGAAUUAAAACAAGUGUUUGCAGAACUGGCUGGGAGAUGAAGUGUUUCAGCUGAGUUGAUGCCAUAUCUGAAAAUCCUUCAGAAAGCCAGGAUGUCACCACAGAGCUGUGGCUGUUCAUGACACAAAAUUGUGUUUUAACUCUGCUCGUGCAGUGCUUGAAACCCCUCAUUGUACAGCUCCUGUUUCAUGAAAGCUGCCCUGCUCUUCUUCCCUUGCAAAGCCUGUGGCUGGCAAAUCACUCUCAUAAUUAGAUUUUCUACAGCGAGAUCCCAUUUUCUACACUGAUUUUCUUCUUAGGUGAAAUCAAUGUCAGAUGUUAAUUAGCAGUUUUGAUUAAAUUAACACUGGAAUAGGCUCUUCAGUGAUGAAUAACAUGACCCAUUUUGAAGGUUUGUGAAGAUUCUAGCCUGCCCUAGUCUUUUUUUGUAGGUGAUAAAACUAGGCUGUGUAUCGAGACAAAACCCACUGACUGCUGUUAGUACAAGGGCUCUUUAUGAGGUGCCUGAUGUCUGCACAGACUGAUCUUUGUGUGCUGAUGCUCUUCUCCCUCUCAGAGCUGACAGAGUCUGAAGUUGCACCGUUUUCCAUCCCAUACCAAAAUGAGCAUCUCGUUCAGGGAAAUGUUUCCAGGCAGGUGCCAGUACCUGUCCAUUCCAGGGGCUUUAGCACAUGGAUACCCAGCUCUGAGGGGAAGCUGAAUGGUUGUUCUGGCUUCUGCCCAGAGCAGGAAGGAUUAUUGGCUGAUACUUCAGCAGACACUUUGCCAUUUUUGUGUCAGCUGCUGUGUGUGUAGGAUCCCCUCAUCUCUAACGCAGUGAUUCCCAUCCGUAUCACUUCACUGAUCUGUCCCACAGCGAAGGCAAUGUUCUGCUGUAUUAAUCUAACUAAUUAAUCCGUUCAUCUAACAAGCUGUUGCCUGAGGAACCCCAGCUGUGCUAAGGAGUUCCCUUUCUGUGUUGCU